UUACGCAUGUCCGGUGUGACUUUUCAGUGCAGCUGACUGUGACGGCUGCACAAACCCACAAACACUGUCAGUAAAGAAGCUCGAGCCUGUCGCGUCUGAGGGCGCUUUCGACGGAGAAACCCACCGUAAAUGGGUUUAUCAUUACACCGGCCGUUACUUUCGUCGUUCCCUUCUACAUCGAUUGAGUGCCGUGGAUGGAUAUUAUUGUCGUCCUGCCGAGAAACCUUACAUCGCCCUGUCCGCUACGGCAGCCAUAGCUCGGUCAUCGACGCUAGAGAGUACUGUAAUCUGCCCCUACAAUGGCAGUCUUUAGUCACCAGGUGCUCCUCGCAGUUACAAGAUCAAGGGGAUCAUAUUUGUUAUCCAAGAGGCACAGCUGCUCCUCCCUGUCUUCCAAAGCCUAUCUCCACGUAGUCCCUCCUUGCCACGUCUCGCCUUCGUUCCCACUCAGGUCCUCCCGCUAUGGUCACCAUCACUGUUUCCGUGGCCACCCCCUUGGUCGUAGCCACAGCUCUGUCCUCCUCACUCGCUCCCUACACAGCUCAGGUGUUUGGCUCCAGGACAUAAAGCAGGAGGACACUAAGACUUCACCACCUGCUGCUGCUGCUCACGAUGCUUCUUCAGGAGAUAAAAAGGACUCUCCAGCUGCUGCGCCUCAGUCCCAACCUCCAUCAGCUGCCCUUCCAGCACCAACAGCCGCCGCAGCCACCGUCGCUCCGGUUAAGGACAAGGCACUUGUAAAGAAGUCUCUGUAUCAGAGGUUCGUGGAUGAGUUGAAGCAUUACUACAACGGCUUCCGGUUACUCGGCAUAGACACCAAGAUUGCUGGCAGGAUGGUGUGGAGGCUGCUGCAUGGACAAUUGCUCACACGCAGGGAGAGGAGAAGGCUGAUGAGGACCUGUGCUGACCUCUUCCGUCUGGUGCCCUUCAUGGUGUUUAUCAUCGUCCCCUUCAUGGAGUUCCUUCUUCCCGUCUUCCUCAAACUGUUCCCAGAGAUGUUGCCCUCCACCUUUGAGACGGAGUCCAAAAAGGUUUGCACACACACAUACCCAUACACACACUCUGCUAUGAUUGCGGCCGAGGGUGUGGCGGCCAUGAGUGUGUCAGAGUUGCAGGCAGCGUGCCGCAUUCGUGGGAUGAGGUCUCUCGGUCUUACUACAGAUCAGCUUCGUGAGCAGAUGCAGCAGUGGCUGGACCUGCACCUGAAUGAGAACGUUCCUCCAUCGCUGCUGCUGCUCUCCAGAGCCAUGUACCUGACAGACCUCAAACCCAAACCCCACGUCAUCCCGCCUGUUCCUAAGAUCGAGAAGGUUGGUGUUACUCCAGAGGAAAACCCAGUAGCAAAUACAGUCCCAGUCAGCAGCGACAGGUUGGCAGACCCUGCACUCAUCAUCAAAGACAGACCGGCAGAGGAAGUGAGAGACAAAGCUCCAGCUGUGUCAGACAAACCUCUGACUCCUGCUGAAGUCCUUCAGUCCAAAGCGGCAAUAGAAGGAACCCAGAAGAGCAAGAUCAGUGCGAACGGCGUGUGAAGAUGAGCAGGAGAGCCUGGAGCGAGGGGAGGAAUGGACGGGGCUAAAACCCCUUAUUCUGUUUUUGAACCAGCAUCUCACCCAGGAGUCCUGCCCGCUCCUCAUCUUCCUCACUGCAGGUUCGGCGGCUUCACCUCAGCAGCCUCGACCCUCAGCUUUGCGCACCCCGAUCUCUGACACUCUUCCAACGUGCUACUGCCCCGGCAGUCAGCUGAUGGCUGCUGAUUCUGUGACCUGAAGUCAUUUCCUGGUGAACUGUUUGUGAUGGCGAUGGUUUCUUCUUUUGUACAUUUGUAAAUAUGCUCAUUUUUGUUUUUGUGUUCUGUAACUGAAGCAGCAGCAGCUUUGUACAGUUUGUUAUGCGCAUACCAGGUUUUAUUUGCAGGCGUUUUUAACUCCUGUGCCAGCUGAGAGAGAAGUCAACCCUUUUCUUUUUCUUUUUUCCCCGCAGUAGCUGCCCCACCUUCGUUAAAGUCAGCUGUAGGCACCAGAAAGAUGCUGCCUACAUAAAAUAUAAAAGGUAUUAAAAUGUCAGAGAUUGAGUUGAUCUGAUGGUGAAACAGCGGGUUUAGACUGGGGGGGUGAUGACGACGUGCUGCUGUUAAGUGAAGAGGGGUUCGUCAUUAAGUGCGAGCUCACUGGUACAGCCACUGAAAGGACCAGCUAUUUCAAGUGUAUUAUGUUUUAACACUAUGAUGCUAAAGAGUCUUUAAACGGAAAAUGCUUGAUGUCCGCUCACGUGGAGAAGCUGUAAGCCUGAAACAUGAGAUGAUUAUUUUUUGGUAUCGUGGCGGAUUUGCCCAAAUGUCUAACAUCGUUAUGCCUCCAUAUUUACUGUCAUCAAAGUUGGAAGGUUUCUCCAGCUUUGUGUGUGUGUGAUGCUUCAAACUCCCUGUAAACAUUUAAUGGAGAAGCAACUUGUGUGGUGUUUUAUUUCUUUUCUUUUUUCUUUUUACCCCACUCGUUGCUGUUUAUCCGUAGGCACCUCCUGGAAGUGGAUGUCAUAACUGAAAGGACAUUUUAACUCUAAUCAUUGCUGGUUAAGACUUAUUUCACUGGUUUUACACAUGUGCCUAAGGUUAGAGGGUGAUUGUUUGUCAUCAGAAUAUAUUAUUUUGGUUUUUCAGUCACCUGUUUGAAGCGCCCAGUUGCACCUUUUUCUCUAUAGAAGAAUGUCUCCUGUUUGCCCCCUUGCCCGUUUGAUCCAAAUGAUUCCUCGACUUAUAAUCACCAGUGUUGUUACUGAUGGGAAAAGCAGACACCUUUUAAAUCAGCUCUACAUCCUGCGCUGAAGGAGAUCAAUAAAAAGACUCAAAACUU